AUGUCUCUUCACUACCUUCCCCCCGUCAAGCCCUCGGCCAUCGCCAUCGGCACAGCUUUCAACCAGGCUGCCGAGCUUGCAGUCCUCACCCCUCUGUUCGGCGCGACAUACAACCGCGCCAAGGCGGCCAACACCAAGGAGGAGUUCCUGCGCUCCAAGGAGGCAUCAUCGGCCGCCGUGGCCUGGGGAACCUCGCUCAUCGGCUCGGCCCUGCAGAGCUACGGUGUCGGCGCCCUGAUCAAUGCUACAGGCACUCUCAGCUACAAGGGCUCCGCGUAUCUGGGCGGUCUGAUCUUCGCUGCCACUGCCGCUCCUGGCUACAUCACCCAGCUGCUCCUGGAGAAGCGCCCUCUCGAGACUGUCGGCGUCAGCGUCUUGGCCAAGGUUUUCGAGACUGUUGGUCUGGCUAUGACACUCACCUGGUGGGGAACUCGCACCAACCCUUUCGAGUAA